AUGGCACCCAAGCGCGUCCAGUCCAGCCGCCCAGCACCCAAGGGAGGAGCCUCAGCGGCAGGCUACCUCAGCAGCGCAUACGGCGCGCUUACGUCGGCAGAGAACGCGAGUGUGGUGCGCAGCGUUGCUAUUUUCGGGGUCGCCGUCGCCUUCUUCUCGAGUUCCUGGAGCGAGUACCUUCUUCCCGACUCGGACGCAGGUUGUAAAUUUGCAGGGGGCAGAGCAUGCGGCCGGCAAAUCGAUGUGACGAAGGAGGGUGGACGGAUGCUCAGUCGUUGA